UUACCGAUGCCCCUCUCGACGUUUCAGUAAGUGUGCCAGAGUGUACAAACACGUCCCCGGGUAAAGAUGGCGUCCAACGCAUUCAGCGACAUUGCCGACGAAUUUCUCGUCUGCCAGGUCUGUUUAGAGGACUUCAAGCAGCCUAAGAUGCUGCCGUGUCUUCACACCUUCUGCCAGCCGUGUUUGGAGAAGGUCCUGGCCGCAGAGCCGGUAGGGAGACUGGACUGCCCGACGUGCCGACAGGACGUGCCCCUCCCCCAGAAUGGCGUCCAGGGGCUGAAGUCCAACUUCCUCGUCGGCAAACUGCGCGACAUUCUGCAACAACAGCCGGCAGGAAAAACGUCCGAGGCGCGGGAGGAUGGAGUCCCCUGUACGGUCUGUGAGGCCGGCAACUCGGCUCAGUUUUACUGCGUGGAGUGUGCCGACUACCUGUGCCAGACGUGUAACGAUAUGCACCGUCGCUUCAAGGCCACCAAAUCCCACAGAGUUGUAACGGUUCAAGACCUGCAAUCCGGCCAAGCUGCCGCCGAGCUCCGGGCAAGGGAGACCUCCAAGUGUGAGGAUCACAGCGAACUGAACAAGUUCUACUGUGACACCUGCCAGCGGGUCAUCUGUCUGCACUGCGUGGUCACGGCGCACAAAGAGCACCAGUAUGUGGAGAUAGAGAAGGCGGCAGAGAGGGAGGGAGCAAAGAUCAAGGCAAAAGUGGCGACAGCCAAGAACACAAUAGGUCUGCAUGAGACGUGGAGACAACAGUUGCAGUCAGUGAGGGACAGGUGGCCUUCAGAGGUACGGCGUACAGAAGAACAGGUCAGAAAACAAGUCAAGGCGAUCAUUAAGGCCGCGAGAAAGGCUGGAGACAACAGAAUCGGCCAGCUUCGCGCCAUGAAUGCUGCUCGGGAGAAACAGAUGGACGCCGCCAUGGAGGCAGCUGAGAUGGACCUGGCCUCAGCCAGGAGCUGUGUCCAGUUCGCGGACAACGUGUUGGAGUACGGCAGCCCGGCGGAGGUCAUCUCGGUGGCCGGAGAACUGACCGGACGGUUGGACCGAACCGCGGAGGACAAAAACGCCGAGAGGGCUGAACUGACCAUGAACUUUGUGAACUUGACCUUUGACCCUCCAGCUGGCGGACUGGAGCAGGAAGUCGCUAAACUUAGUGUACAAACACGUCCCUGGGUAAAGAUGGCGUCCAACGCAGUCAGCGACAUUGCCGACGAAUUUCUCGUCUGCCAGGUCUGUUUGGAGGACUUCAAGCAGCCUAAGAUGCUGCCGUGUCUUCACACCUUCUGCCAGCCGUGUUUGGAGAAGCUCCUGGCCGCAGAGCCGGUAGGGAAACUGGAGUGUCCGACAUGCCGACAGGACGUGCCCCUCCCCCAGAAUGGCGUCCAGGGGCUGAAGUCCAACUUCCUCGUCGGCAAACUGCGCGACAUUCUGCAACAACAGCCAGCAGGAAAAACGUCCGAGGCGCGGGAGGAUGGAGUCCCCUGUACGGUCUGUGAGGCCGGCAACUCGGCUCAGUUUUACUGCGUGGAGUGCACCGACUACCUGUGUCACACGUGUGACGACAUGCACCGUCGCUUCAAAGGGAACCGGUCCCACAAACUUGUAACGGUUCAAGACCUGCAAUCCGGCCAAGUUGCCGCCGAGCUCCGGGCAAGGAAGACCUCCAAGUGCGAGGAUCACCGCGAACUGAACAAGUUCUACUGUGACACCUGCCAGCGGGUCAUCUGUCUGCACUGCGUGGUCACGGCGCACAAAGAGCACCAGUAUGUGGAGAUAGAGAAGGCGGCAGAGAGGGAGGGGGCAAAGAUCAAGGCAAAAGUGGUGACAAUCAGGAACACAGUAGGCCUGCAUGAGACGUGGAGACAACAGUUGCAGUCAGUGAGGGACGAGUGGCCUUCAGAGGUACGGCGUACAGAAGAACAGGUCAGGAAACAAGUCAAGGCGAUCAUCGAGGCCGCGGAGAAGGCGGGAGACGACAGAAUCGGCCAGCUUCACGCCAUGAAUGCUGCUCGGGAGAAACAGAUGGACGCCGCCAUGGAGGCAGCUGAGAUGGACCUGGCCUCGGCCAGGAGCUGUGUCCAGUUCGCGGACAACGUGUUGGAGUACGGCAGCCCGGCGGAGGUCAUCUCGGUGGCCGGAGAACUGACCGGACGGUUGGACCGAGCCGCGGAGGACAAAAACGCCGAGAGGGCUGAACUGACCAUGAACUUCGUGAACUUGACCUUUGACCCACCAGCUGGCGAACUAGAGCAGGAAGUCGCUAAACUUGUAGGUGGGAUAAACCAGGUGAGAACACCUUUGAUCCCACCGACUCCGCAGGUGCGACCGAACGUGGCGAUCGGUAAUGGCGGCGUGAGUCUAGAACACGUCAAAACUGUUGGAGGUAAGAAGGGCAGUGGAGAUGGACAGUUUAACCAUCCGAACUCGCUCACUGUCACCGCAGAGGGUGACAUUGUCGUGACUGAUUGUUGCAACUCACGUCUGCAGUUCCUGGACAAAGAUGGCUCCUUUAAAAAGAAGAUUGAUCUGGGGUUCGAGCCUUAUUGUGUGGCGGCACUGACAAACGGUGAGCUGUUGGUGACAGGAGACGGACACAAGAUUCACGUUCUGGACAAACAGGGGAGGAUGUCACGCGUCCUCCAGGUGACAGGGGCUGCAGAGAACUAUGAAACUACAAGAGGUGUCGCUGUAGACCGUUGGGGACGCAUCAUCGUCACUAUCGCGUACCAAGUGUUUGUACUUAGUCCCAUCGGUGACGUCAUGCUGAAGUUCGGGAACAAAGGUCGAGGUCCGCAGCAGUUGGGUUACCGCCUCCGUGUGACCGUCAACAGCAGCAACCAAAUCAUCGUCAGUGACUUUUACAACCACAACCUGAAGAUAUUUGACUCCGCCGGUCGUCAUCUCUUCACGUGCGGGUCAUAUGGCUCGGGACCUGGUCAGCUGUUCUGGCCCGACUGUGUCAUCACGGACAGCGAGGACAACAUCAUCGUGGCUGACUGUUUCAACCGUCGCGUUUCCCUGUUCAGUCGGGACGGCGCGUUUAUCAGGCACGUGCUGACACGGGAGGAACACGGACUGUACCUGCCAUGGGGACUGACUCUGACUCACGACGGACAUUUGGUCGUUUCUGAAGAUAGUCAUUCUAUCAAGCUUUUCCAAGUAAAAUGA